CGUCCGCGACGGAAGCCGGCGAGGUUUCGAGUCGCGCGUUUCGCCGCGACUAUGGCGGCGCACUUGAAGAAGCGGGUGUACGAGGAGUUCACUAAAGUGGUGCAGCAACAGCCACAUGAAGAGGUUCCAGCCAAGAAGCUCCGACUGGCAAAGCCCAGUAAAUCUGCAGCCCUCCACAUUGACCUGUGCAAAUCCACAAGCCCCACUGAAGCGUUGCAGUACCUUCUACAGUUUGCAAAGAAGCCCGUGGAGGCUGAGAGCGUGGAGGGAGUGGUACGGAUCCUCCUUGACCACUACUAUAAGGAGAACGAGAGUUCGGUCAGACUGAAGAUUGCUUCCUUAAUUGGGUUACUGUCGAAAACACCAGGCUUUCUGCCUGACUGCAUUGUGGAAGAUGUUAUCGUCGCCCUUAACAAUGAAAAAUCUCACCAUGUCCUCGCCCAGUUAUUGGACACUGCCUUGGUGAUUGGCAUUCAGCUACAAGACAACCUGCCUCUCGGUUUUCGUUUAGUUGAGAUUGGUUGUAAGCACCUGGCAGACACGUCCCACGUGGUACGGAACAAAUGCUUGCAGCUGAUUGGUUGCCUGGGGCCCCUCGAGAGGCUGGGGGCAAAGGAGCUGGAGAACGUGGCUGCCAAAGACGUGCAGAAGAUCAUCAGUGAAUCGUUCACCGACCAGGAUCCCCGGGUCCGAACAGCAGCAAUGAAAGCCAUGUUACAACUCCACGAACGGGGAAUGAAGCUGCAGCAGACCAUCUACUCUCAGGCUUGCAAGGCACUAUCGGAUGACUAUGAGCAGGUCCGUUCUGUGGCUGUGCAGCUCGUGUGGGUUAUCAGUCAACUCUACGCAGAUAGUAUCGUCCCCAUUCCCUCAUCUAAUGAAGAGAUCCGUUUGGUCGAUGAUGCUUUUGGGAAGAUAUGCCACAUGGUGAAUGAUGGAUCCUGGCUCGUGAGAAUCCAGGCGGCCAAAUUGCUGGGUUCCAUGCACCAGGUCAGCGUGCAAUUUUUGGAGCAAACCCUCGAUAAGAAACUGAUGUCCGAUCUGAAGAGAAAGCGCAGUGCCCACGAGCGGGCGAAGGAGCUGUACACAUCUGGCGAGUUUUCCAGCGGACGGAAGUGGGGUGACGACGCUCCGAAGGAAGCAGUGGACACCUACACAGUCAACCUGAUAAACUCAGGUGCUUGCGGAGCAUUCGUUCAUGGGCUGGAGGAUGAAAUGUACGAGGUCCGUAACGCAGCGGUGGAGUCCCUCUGCAUGCUGGCUCAGGCCUCUGCAUCCUUUGCAGAAAAGUGCCUUGACUUCUUGGUGGACAUGUUCAAUGACGAAAUCGAGGAGGUGAGGCUGGGUUCGAUUCACGCUCUGCGCAAGAUUUCUGUCCACAUCCGCCUGCGCGAGGACCAACUGGAUACAGUGCUGGCUGUGCUGGAGGACUCUUCGCGUGACAUCCGGGAAGCUUUACACGAGUUGCUGUGCUACACAAAUGUGUCCACAAAGGACGGUAUUCACCUGGCUCUGGUGGAACUACUGAAAAAUCUGGCUAAGUAUCCAACCGAUCGGAACUCAAUCUGGAAAUGCCUCAAGUAUCUGGGCAGCAGGCAUCCCACCCUGGUUUUGCCUCUCGUUCCUGAACUGCUGAGUACACACCCGUACUUCGACACCCCAGAACCGGACAUGGACGACCCGGCUUACAUUGCAGUGCUAGUUUUGGUGUUCAAUGCAGCCAAGACCUGCCCCACAAUGUCUGCACUCUUCUCAGACCACACGUUCCGUCACUAUGCCUACCUACGUGACAGCCUGUCUGAUUUGGUGCCUCCGCUCCAGUUGCCAGGCAGGAAAAUGGUGUCGGUCUCGGAUUCCUCCAACCACGCACUGAACGAGGACUCGUCCCGCCAGUUUGUGCAGCAGAGCCUUGACCGGGCUCAGACUAUCCAACAUCUGGAUACCCAGGGAGCUCAAGACCUUCUGAAGCUAACAAUUCGUGACCUGCAGAGACUGGGAGAGCUACAGCCAGAGUUGUCGGGGAUCGCUGAGUUUUCAGCCACAUACUUGCAGUGCCAGCUCCUCCUCAUGAAGUCUCUCCAGGAGAAGGUGUGGAACGUGGCUGCUCCGCUCUACCUCAAGCAGAACGUCGUGGCAGCUUCUGCGGCCAAACAGAUUCUGGAGCACACCUACAAGCUGGAGUUUCUGUACAGUGGCCUGGAGAGCCGGCACGUUGCCCUCAUUCACCACAUGCGGCUUCAGGCCAAAGCGCUACAGCUCAUACUGACGGCUCGCACCAGCCGAGGGAUGGAAACUCUGAUAAACCUGUGUGAGAAGUUCCUGCAGGAGCUGGAGAUGUUCCCCAGGUACUUUGCGGCAGAGCUGCAGCACCUACAGGAGAGCUUUGUGGAGAAGCUGCUGGACAUUCUGCCCAGGCUGAUGGCCUGCAAGCCCAUGGAGGUGGUGAAGAUUCUGCAGACCACUCUUCGGCACAGCAACUUCAUCCUGCUGAAGCUACCGGAGCAGCUGUACAAAGCCUCGGCAACCAUCAUUGAGCCCACUGGAGAGUCAGACAACCCCCUACGGUUCACAUCCGGCCUGGUGCUUGCCGUAGACGUGGACUCCACGUUGGAACACGUACAGGAUCCGCAGUCCACCAUUAAAGUGCAGGUCACCUAUCCUGACGGCCAGGCCCACAUAAUCCAUCCCAAACCAGCGGAUUUUCGAAAUCCUGGGCCUGGAAGACACAGGUUGAUUACUCAGGUCUAUCUUUCCCACACGGCGUGGACAGAGCCCUGCCAGGUGGGAGUCCGCUUAUUGCUGGCUUACAGUUCCAGUAAGAGCCAGGCAGCCAGCCCUAGCGCCCUCUCCAGACCAGCCUGGGGCGACAGCCUGGACUCUUUACCGCAGGCAACCAAUGUCAUCGAGGGCACCAUUAAUCUCAGCAAGCAGGUCAAGGUCUACCUGAUGCCCAAACCAGCCAGGCGAUGAGGACCAACUUCUCUGCUGUCAGAGGACUCGUCUGAUCCGGAGGAGACCAGAACACGGCACGUUCCCUCAGCACCAACCGCACGGAGCUGGCAGAUCAGGAUGGUUUUGCGCAUGAGGAUAUUAAGGAGUACACACUUUGCAAACUCUGAGGGUCGGGGCGCCGGCAAAUCCUGUACCCCACCACGCAGGAGAAUGUUGUUCUAAGUUCCAAUAUGGCAUCUGAACUUCCUAAACUCUGUACCACUGCAGUUAAACAGGACGCUGUACAGCAGGAAGGAAUUCCAAGCUUUUGGAAUAAUUAACUUUAUUUUCUUACUGAAAGUUUGGUAUAAACAUAUUCAAGAUUCUUUGAGUUUGUUUGUUCGUUUAUUUAGAGCUACAGCACAGUAACAGGCCUUCCCGGCCCAGCAAGCCCACACCACCCAGUUACACCCAUUUGACCAAUUAAGCGACUUUGGGCUGCGGGAGGAAACCAGAGCUCCCAGAGGAAACCCACGCGGUCACGGGGAGAACAUACAAACUCCGUACAGACAGCAGUGGGAACUGAACACUGAAUACUGGCACCAUAAAGUGUUACAGUAAUGGCACUGCAUACGUAUCCGGGGUAGAAGUGUCAUGAGAAUUAGCUCUUAUUGCAGAAUUUAUUACAAAAUUCUAGUCAUUUUUCCCCUUUCCCCUUCCCCCUUCUUCCAUUCCCCACUCCCUUCUUACCCCUUCUCUUCUCAUCUGCCUAUCAUCUACCCCUGGCUCCUCCCGCCCCCUUUUCAUUCUUUCAUUGUCCACUCUCCUCUCCUAUCAGAGUCCUCCUUCUUCCACCUAUCACCUCCCAGCUUCGGCCCCCAAAGUACCCAACAUUUAAAUAGACAUUUGGACAAGUACGUGGGUUCAGUUUAAAGUUAGCUUUGUCACUUGCACAUGGAAAAAAAGCAAUGAAAUGCCAACGCAUCAUUUGCCUUCUUAACAACACUGUCAACCCGCGCAGCAGCUUUGAGUGUCCUAUCAACACGGACCCCAGAUCUCUCAGAUCCUCUACGCGCCAAGAGUCUUACCAUUUGUGUUACACUCUGCCUUCAAAUUGGACCUAUCAAAAUGAACCACUUCACACUUAUCUGGUUGAAGUCCAUCUGCCACUUCUCAGCCCAGUUCUGCAUCCUAUUGAUGCCCCACUGUGACCUCUGACAACCCUCCAGACUAUCCACAACACCCCCAACCUUUGUGUCAUCAGCAAACUUACUAAACCACCCUUAACUUCUUCAUCCAGGUCAUUUAUAAUCAUAUAUCUUAAUCACUUUCCUCUCCCCCCCCCCCCCACCUCCUUAUUCUGGCUUUUUCCCCCUUUCCAGUCCUGAUGAAGGGUCUGGGCCCAAAUCAUCAACUGUUUAUUCCUCUCCAUAGAUGCUGCCUGACCUGCUGAGUUCCUCCAACAUUUUGUGUGCGUUGCUCUGGAUUUCCGACAUCUGCAGAGUCUCUUGUGCAGAUGAAGCUCCAACAGUUUAUUUCUUCAGGGAAGCUGCCUGACCUGUAGAGCAUUUAUCAUUGUUUUUAUCUCAGAUUCCCAGCAACUGCAGGUUUUUACUUUUGUUUCCAGCUCUCCUGAUGGUCUUGCCCUUUCUAGGUCUUCGACAACCCUCUUGGAAUUUUGUGUUGCUCCAUGUCUGACCUCUCAACCAUCUCCCUACUUAUUUGCUACAUCAAUGCGGAAAGUGUGAAAUGAUUCACUUUCGAAGGUUGAAUUUGAAGUCCGAAUACAGGGUUGGCAUUCAUCAACCGUGGGUAUAAGAUCUGGUCAGACCCCACUUGGAGUACUGUGUUCAGUUCUGGUCUCCUCACUACAGGAGGGAUGUGGAUACUAUAGAGAGAGUGCAGAAGAGAUUUACAAGUAUUUUGCCCGGAUUGGAGGGAGUACCUUAUGAGAAUAGGUCGAGUGAACUUGGCCUUUUCUCCUUGGAGUGAUGGAGGAUGAAAGGUGACCUGAUAGAGGUAUACAAGAUGAUGAGGGGCAUUGAUUGUGUGGAUAACCGGAGGCUUUUCCCCGGGUUGAAAUGGCUAACACAAGGGGGCAUAAUUUUAAGGUGCUUGGAAAUAGAUACCGAGGGGUUGUCAGAGGUAGAUUUUUCACACAAGAGUGUGCUGGGUGCGUGGAGUGCACUGCCGGCGACGGUGGUGGAUGCUGAUACAAUAGGGUCUUUUAAGAGCUUCUUAGAUAGAUACACAAAGCUUAGAAAAAUAGAGGGUGAUGCAAUAGGGAAAUUCUAGACAGUUUCUAGAGUAGGCUACAUGGUUGGCACAACAUUGUGGGCCGAAGGGCCUGUAACGUGCUGUAGAUUUGUAUGCGGCUGCAAAAGGACUUGGACAGAUUAGGAGAAUGGGCGAGAAAGUGGCAAAUGACUUAAAUGUGCAGACCAUUUUCUAAAUAAGUAAAAAAUCCAAAAAUCUGAGAUGGAAAGGAAUUUGGAGUACUUGCAGGUUGAGUCGGUGGUGAGGAAGGCAAAUGCCAUGUUAGCAUUCAUUUCAAGAGGUCAGGAAUACAAGAGCAGGGAUGUGAUGCUGAGACUUUAUAAAGCACCGGUGAGGCCUCACCUUGAGUAUUGUGAACAGUUUUGGACUUCUCCUCUUAGAAAAGAUGUGCUGGCAUUGGAGAUAGUCCAGAGGAGGUUCACAAGGAUGAUUCCAGGAAUGAAAGGGUUAUCAUAUGAGGAAUGUUUUGUGGCUCUCAGUCUGCACUCGCUGGAAUUUAGAAGGAUGAUGUAAUGUUGCAGCUAUAUAGGAUCCUGGUCACGAGAGGUAAUGUUGCGGCUAUAUAGGACCCUGGUCAGACCCUACUUGGAGUACUGUGCUCAGUUCUGGUCACCUCACUACAGGAAGGAUGUGGAAACCAUAGAAAGGGUGCAGAGGGGAUUUACAAGGAUGUUGCCUGGAUUGGGGAGCAUGCCUUAUGAGAAUAAGUUGAGUGAACUCGGCCUUUUCUGCUUGGAGCGACGGAGGAUGAGAGGUGACCUGAUAGAGGUGUACAAGAUAAUGAGAGGCAUUGAUUGUGUGGAUAGUCAGAGGCUUUUCCCCAGGGCUGAAAUGGUUAGCACGAGAGGGCAUAGUUUUAAGGUGCUUGGAAGUAGGUACAGAGGAGAUGUCAGGGGUAAGUUUUUUAUGCAGAGAGUGGUGAGUGUGUGGAAUGGACUGCCGGCGAUGGUGGUGGAGGUGGAAACGAUAGGGUCUUUUAAGAGACUUUUGGAUAGGUACAUGGAGCUCAGAAGAAUAGAGGAUUAUGGGUAAAGCCUAGGUAGUUCUAAGGUAGGGAGAUGUUUGGCACAGCUUUGUGGGCCAAAGGGCCUGUUUUGUGCUGUAUGUUGUCAUGUUUCUCUAAGAAACCUUUCAAAUGUGGAAAGGCCUAGACAGAGUAGAUGUGAAAAGGGUGGGGCAGUGGAGGACAAGAGGGCAUAGCCUCAGGAUAGAGUGGUGUCCAUUUAAAAUAGAUGCAGCGAAAUUUCUUUAGCCAGCGGAUGAAUUUGUUCCACAGGCAGCUGUGGAGGCCAGGUUGUUGGAUGUAUUUAAGGUGGAGAGUGAUUGGUCACGGUGUCAAAGGUUAUGGGAAGAAGGCCGUGGAGUGGGGCUGAGGAGGGGAGAAAAGGAUCAGCCAUGAUCGAAUGGCAGAGCAGGCUCGAUGGGCCAAAUGGCCUAAUUCUGUUCCAAUGUCUUAUGACCUUAUGAUACUAGUUUUUAUUUGUUUAGAGGGAGCACAAUAGUAUCGUGCAAGUACAAAAGAGUGAUCAGGGAGGGGUAAGAGGGAACAGAAUGGGAAGGUUCAUGGCUGGUUGGAGACACUGAAAAGAUUCGGUAGAAACUCGAUGGGCUGAAUGGCUGAUUCUGAGAGACUCUUGGAUUGGUAUAUGGAUGAUAGAAAAAUGGAGAGAUUAAGUUGGAGGGAGAUGUUAGAUUGAUCUUGAAGUUAGGUUAAAAGGUGGGCGCAAUAUUGUGAGCCAAAGGGCCCACACUCUGCUGCAGGGAUCUAUGUCAUAUGUUCUUAAUGUGGAACAUAGCACAGCACAGCAUGGCCCUUUGGCCACCAAUGUGUUUCUGACCUAUCUAAACCUAAUCCCAUAUCAAUCUGACCCUUCCCCCACACAGCCCUCAUUUUCUAUCAUCCAUGUGCCUAUCUAAGAGUCUGUUAAAUAUCCCUAAUGUCUCUGCCUCUACCACCACCCCAGGCAGCAUUCCACUGUGUAAAUUCCCACCUCUGAUGCCUCCUCUAAUUUUCCCCUCAUUCACCUUAAACAGACGUCCUUGGCUACUGGCCUUUGGGGUCCUGGGAAUAAGGUGAUUUCUGUCCACUCUAUCUAUGCCUCUCCAUCUUAAACACCUCUGUCACAUCUCCUCUCCUCUUUCACUGCAAAGAGAAACUCCCCAGCUCGCUCAGCACUCCCUCAUAGGACAUGUUCUCCAAUUUUAUUUUAUUUAGAGAUACAGAGCCCAUCUGGUGAUUCGAGCCACACUGUCCAGCAACCCCUGACAACUCCAAUUUCACCCGAACAUAAUCACGGGGCGAUUUACGAUCCCCAGUUAGCCCACCCAGUACAGCUCUGGACUAUGAAAGGAAACGAGCACUCAGAAAGUUCACACAUUCCACAGGGAGGACGUGCAGAGACUCCUUACAGAGGACACCGAAAAUUAUCUCCAAAUUCUGAAACCCCGAGCUAUGCUACCAUAGUCCCCUUCCAGGCAGCAUCCUGGUAGAUCUCUUCUACACCCUCACUCUCUCUAAAAGUUCCAUACAAGUGCCAGUGAGGGUAAAAACGGAUAAAAGCGUGGAUGGAGAGCUGGUGCAGGUGGCAGGGCUUCAGGUUCUUGGAUCAUUCUGGGGGAGGUAUAACCUGUACAAAAGGGACACGUUGCACCUGAACCCAAGGGAAACCAAUAUUUGUUAGAGCUGUUGGGGAGGGUAUAAACUAAUUUGUCAGGGGGGUGGGAACCAGAGUGAAGGCACUCAGGAUAGGACGGAUGGUAAAAAAGUAAAGGUAGCGUGCCGUCAGACUGUCAAGGAAGGGCAGGUAGAUAGGACAAAAUUGCAGCCAGCAGGGUGAGUAUCAGUACAUUAGCAAUGCAGAAUCAAAAAGGGUAGCAAAUACAGUACUCAAAGUGUUAUAUCGCAAAUGUAUGGAGUAUAAGAAAUAAGGUAGAUGAUCUUGUUCCACUACUGUAUUACAGAUUCUCGGGUGUGAUGUUGUGGCCAUCACUGAACCAUGGCAGAAGGAUGGUUGUAGUUGGGAGCUGAAUGUCCAAGGUUACAUGUUGUAUCAGAGGGGUAGGAAGGUAGGCAGAGGGGGCAGCACGGCUCUGCUGGUAAAAAAAAAUAUCAUCAAAUCAUUAGAAAGAUCUGACAUAGAAUUGGAAGAUUGAAUCCUUAAGUUAAGAAACUGCAAGGGUAAAGGGACUCUGAUGGCAGUUACAUACGAGCCUCCAAAUGGGAUGUGGACCACAGAUUACAAUGGGAAAGAGAAAAGACAUAUCAAAAGGGCAAUGUUAUGAUAGUCAUGGGAGAUUUUAACAUGCAGGUAGGUUGGGAAGAUCAGAUUAGUAAUGGAUCUCAAGAAAGUGAAUUUGUUGAAUGCCUAUGAGAUUUUUUUUUAUAGAGCAGUUUGUCAUUGAGCCUGUAAGGGGAUCAGCUAUACUGGAUUGGGUGUUAUGCACUGAACUGGAGGUGAUAAGGGAGCUUAAGGUAAAGGACCUUUAGGAGACAGUGAUCACAAUAUGAUUGAGUUCUACUUGAAAUUUGAUAGGGAGAAAGUGAAGUUUGAUGAAACAGUAUUUCAGUGAAGUAAAAUAAAUUACAGUGGUAUGAAAGGGCAGUUGGCCAAAGUAAAUUGGAAGGAGAUGCUGGCAGGGAUGACAACACAGCAGUAAUAGCUUGAGUUUCUGGGAAAAAUGAGGAAGGUGCGGGAUAGAUGUAUUCCAAAAACAAAGAAAUACUCAAAUGGCAAAAUAGUACAACUGUGGCCAACAAGGGAAGUCAAAGCUAAUUGUAAAAGCAAAAGAGAAGGCAUACACCAAAACAAAAAUUAACUGGUAAAUUGAGGUUUGAGAAGCUUUCAAAAACCUACAGAAAACAACUAAAUGAGUAUUUUGCAUCAGUCUUCACUGUGGAAGAUACUAACAGUGUGCCAGGUGUUGAAGGGUGUGAGGGAAGCGAAAUGAAUGCAGUGAGAACUAGCUGUAAAGAUUGUGGAGGCAAUAGUAAUGAUCUUUCACAAAUCAUUUGACUCUGGCAUGGCUCCAGAGGACUGGAAAAUUGCAGAUGUCAGCCUAUGCUUUAAGAAAGGAGGAAGGCAGAACCAAGGAACUUACAGUCCAGUUAGCCUAACCUCAGUGGUUGGGAAGAUGUUGGAGUCAAGUAGGAUAGAUAAAGGGGGUGCAGUGGAUGUUGUAUAUUUGGACAUUCAGAAGACUUUUGACAAGCUGCCACACAUGAGGCUGCUUACCAAGUUAAGGCCCAAUGGUAUUACAGGUAAGUUACUGGCAUGGUUAGAGUUUUGGCUGAUUGGUAGGAGGCAGUGGGUGGGAAUAAAAGGAUCCUUUCCUGGUUGGCUGCCAGUGACUAGUGGUUUUCUAUAGGAGUCAGUGUUGGGACUGCUUUUUAUGCUGUGUAUCAGUGAUUUAGAUGAUGGAAUAGAUGGCUUUGUUGCCAAGUUUGCAGAUGAUAUGAAGAUCGGUGGAGAGACAUGUAGUGUUGAAGAAACAGGUAGGCUGCAGAAGGACUUAGAUUAGGAGCAUGGCAAGAAAGUGGCAAAUGAAAUAUAAUGUUGGAAAAUGCAUGGUCAUGCAAGUUGAUAGAAGAAAUAAAUGUGCAGACUAUUUUCUAAACGGGGAGAAAAUCCAAACAUCUGAGAUGCAAAGGAUCUUGGGAGUCCUUGUGCAGAACGCCUAAAGGUUAUCUUGCAGGUAGAGUUGGCGGUGAGGAAGGCAAAUGCAAUGUUAGAAUUCAUUUCAAGAGGCCUAGAAUAUAAGCAACAUGCACAACACGCUGGAGGAACUCAGCAGGUCGGGCAGUAUGCGUGGAGACGAACAGUCAACGUUUUGGGCCGAGACCCUUCGUCAGGACUGAUCCCUUCAUCAGGACUGAUUGGUAGGAGGCAGUGACUGGGAAUAAAAGGAUCCUAAAACAUAAGAGCAGGAAUGUGAUGCUGAGGCUUUAUAAGAUAUUGGUGAGGCCUCGCCUUGAGUGUUGUGAACAGUUCUGGGCUCCUCAUUUAAGAAAAGAUGUGCUGGCAUUGGAGAGGGUUUGGAGAAGGUUCAGAAGAGGUUCGCAAGGAUGAUUCUGGAAAUGAAAGGGCAAUCAUAUAAGGAACAUUUAAUAGCUCUGGGUUUGUACUCGCUGGAAUUCAGAAGGACGAGGGGGGAUCUCAUUGAAACCUUUUGAAUGUUGAAAGGCCUAGACAGAGUAGAUGUGGAAAGGAUGUUUUCCAUAGUGGGAGAGUCUAGGACAAGAGGGCACAGCCUCAGGAUAGAGGGGUGUCCAUUUAAAACAGAGAUGCGGAGAAAUUUCUUUAGCCAGAGGGUGGUGAAUUUAUGGAAUUUGUUACCACAGGCAGCUGUGGAGGCCAGGUCAUUGAGCAUAUUUAAGGUGAAGAUUGAUAGGUUCUUGAUUGCACAUGGCAUCAAAAGUUACGGUGAGAAGGCUGGGGAGUGGGGCUGAGGAGGGGAAAAAUAAAUCGGCCAGGAUUGAAUGGCAGAGCAGACUCAAUGGGCCUAAUUCUGCUCCUAUGUCUUAUGGUCUUAUUGUUUAUCCUUCCUAUAAUGAGGCGUCCCGAACUGAACACAAUACUCAUCUCUGCGCUGCAAUGAGGCUGCGGCCUGCAGCUAAUUGGCUCCUGAAUCAGCUACCGGCUUCGUGUCUGUGAGCUCACUUUGGUGAACUUCAGUACUGAAUGUUAUUUGCUUACUUUCAUUAUUGCAAUUUGUUUUCUCUGCACAGCAGGUGUUUGACAGUCUUCUUGUUCAUAUGGAUUCCAUUGGGUUUCUUUGUUUUGUGGCUGUCUGUAAGGAGACAAAUCUCGAAGCUGUAUAUAGUAUACAUACCUAGAUAAUAAAUGUACUUUGAACUUUGAAUUAAGUGUGAUAAAACCAGUCUUGAUAUGGACCAGGACACAAUUGGGACUUGUUCUGGGACCAAUAUAGGUAAAGAAUUCUGAAGAAGAGCCUUCGAUCAGAAACACUUAACUUUCCAUUGUGAUGCCUGAGCAUCAUUCCAGAGUUUUUAGAUUUUAUUUCAUAAUUUGUACUUGUCUAAAAGCAGGCAAAUAUCAAACAUUUUCCCAUUCUGGUACAAAAUUCAUUGACAUGAAAUAUUGACAGGUGAUGUCUAACCAGCUGGGAUUUCCAGCAACAACUUCUUCUCUAAACAUUACCGUUAUUUGUCACAUGUACAGCGAGAUGCUUCGCGUGCAACAAAUACCAUCAGCGAGGACGUGCGGGGGGCAGCCACAAGUGUCGCCACGCUUCUGACACCAGCACAGCACGCCCACAACUCACUAACCCUAACCCGUACGUCUUUGGAGUGUGGGAGGAAACCAGAGCACCCGGAGGAAACACACUCAGUCCCGAGGUGAACGUACAAACUCCUUACAGACCACGAUGGGAACCAAACACCGGUCUAACACCUGGCGCUGUAAUAGCACUAGCUAACCACUAAACUUCCAUCACAUCCCGUGACAACUUCAGUUCUCUCUGACCGGUCCUUAACUCUCAAACCCUGCAGGCUAAAUGAUUGGCCUCCUCUACUGUAAAGAUGAAGCCACACUCAGGUUGGAGGAACAACACCUUAUAUUCCGUCUGGGUAGCCUCCAACCUGAUGGCAUGAACGUUGACUUCUCUAACUUCUGCUAAUGCCCCACCUCCCCCUCGUACCCCAUCUGUUAUUUAUAUACACACAUUCUUUUUCUCUCUUGUCUUUUUCUCCCUCUGUCCCUCUCACUAUACCCCUUGCCCAUCCUCUGGGCUUCCCCCCUCCCCCUU